AUGGAUCUCUGUGUCACAAUCAAAGGUGUGUCAUUCCUCUUGCAAACGGGUCUGGGAAUCCUGGGCAACCUGCUGGUUCUGUUGGCUUACGCCCACAUCGUCUAUUGCGAGCGCAGACUGCAGCCUGUGGAUAUGAUUCUGUUCCAUCUCGCGUUUGCCAACAUGAUGGUUCUCCUCACCAGAGGAGUCCCCCAAACCAUGACUGUCUUCCAAUUACACAAUCUCCUGGACGACGUGGGCUGCAAGAUAGUCAUAUACUCCUACAGAAUAGUGCGAGCCCUUUCCGUCUGCAUCACCUGCCUGCUGAGCGUCUUCCAGUCCCUGACCAUCGCCCCGUCCACUUCCAGGUGGGCCAACCUCAAGACCAGGUUGCCCAAACUCAUCCUUCCUUCUUUUGUUUUUCUGUGGCUGCUCAACAUGGCUGUCUGCAUCGCUGCCCCUUUCUUCUCCGUUGCGCCUCAGAACGGCACCGUCCCCAAAUUCACCCUCAAUCUUGGUUUCUGCCACGUAAAUUUCCAGGACCAGCUCUCCUACGUCAUCAAUGGAGUAGCCGUCACGGGACGCGAUUUCAUCUUUGUGGGUCUUAUGGUCUUGGCCAGUGGAUACAUCCUCUUGGUCCUACACCACCACAGCAAGCAGAUGAAAGGGAAACGGAGCUCAGAUAGGCACCAGAGCUCCACGCUCGAGAGCAGAGCGGCCAGGACCGUCAUUACCUUGGUCAUCCUCUACGUGGUCUUCUUCGGGAUUGAUAACAUCAUCUGGAUCUACAUGCUGACGGUGUCCAGUGUGCCUCCAGUCAUCUCGGACAUGAGGGUCUUCUUCUCCUCCUGUUACGCCUCGUUCAGUCCCUUCUUUAUCAUCAGCUCCAACAAGAAGAUCAAAAGAAGGAUGAGCUGCGCCUCCGAGGAGCCAGAGCAGCAGUCUCCUGCCUCUGAAAUCUCGCACGUCAAACUGUGA